CGUCAUGCGAACUAAAUCACACUCACACACUUUUUUCCUCAAUUUGUGAAAAUGGGACGUGGAAAAGUUUUCAUUCUGGAGCUAUUGAAGCUUUGUGAGACCUGAAGAUGAAGCCAGUAAUAGUUGUGCAUGGCGGUGCAUGGGCCAUCCCGGAUGAUAUGGCUAAGGCAUCAGUGGAUGGGAUGAAGUCUACAGCUACUGCAGCCUUUCUGGCUAUGAAGAGAGGAGGCAGUGCAUUGGAUGCUGUUGAGCUGUCUGUUAGGGCCUUAGAAGAUAACCCAACCUUUGAUGCAGGUCAUGGAGCAGUACUGAAUACUAAUGGAGAAGUGGAGCUGGACUCCAUCAUUAUGGAUGGAAGGACUCUAGCUGCUGGAGCGUCUUCGGUGAAGAACAUCGCCAACCCUGUGUCACUGGCCCGCGCUGUGAUGGAAAAGACCGACCACAUCAUGUUGACAGACAGAGGUGCGAACAUGUUUGCUGAAAGCGUUGGCAUACCUGCAGUCCCUACAAAUGCCCUGGUGACAGAAUGUGAGAGAACAGAGAGGGAGAAGGCCAAGAAUUAUGCUGUUGACGUGAAGGAGCUCUUCAACUCUCAAUGGGGCCACGAUACUGUUGGAGCUGUUGCUGUAGACUGUUCUGGUAAUGUUGCAUGUGCAACUUCCACUGGAGGAAUAAGAAACAAAAUGGUGGGCAGAGUAUGAGAUCAUAGGUAAUAGGUAAGUAGCUGUUUAGGGUCUGGUGGGUAUGCAGACAACCUGAGUGGUGCAGUAUCCUGUACUUGCCAUGGAGAGUCCAUCCUGAAAGUCACCCUAGCCAGACUCAUCCUCUUCCACAUAGAGCAAGGUAAUGUAAGCCUAAUCGGAAUCACUUUGUAAUCAUUCACAAAGUCACUUGGGUAUCAUAGUCACAGUUAUCUUAUUAUUGAAUGUAAUAUAUCUACAAUUUGAUAUGUGAAAGUAAGCGUUUGAUAAAUUGCCCAUAUUGAUGAUUGUUUUGAUUUCCAAUAAGGAUAAUCCUGAGUCUGGAAUAUCAACCUCUUAAUUGUUGGGUCUGGUUAAUGAAAGGCCUGGUGGAUCGGAUCGAUUAUGUGCCAAAA